AUGAUUGAGCCAUCCCAGUUGCCUGACGGUUUUACUCACCAAACAUUGAGUUACUUGACAGAGACUUUGAUUAGCGUAAUGCGCGGAAAGCAGUUUGCUCGUUUCCUGCAAAAGCACGUUCUCUACAGUGAAAAUGAAGAACAAGAAGUCAACAGUGAAGUACGGAGUACCCCGCCAAUCCGGCUGAUGAUUUCUCAUCCCACCGCCAGCCGAAUCGUUCGGGCGAUAAUCCGUAGACUCACUAAGCUUCAGGAUAUGGAAGCCAUCUUCGACGCAUUAACCUGCGUAGCGGGACAAGGACAAUCUACUUCUGGACUUGAAGAUGCGAUUUCCAGUGGGCAGCAUGCGGUUGUCAAUGAUCUGGCUACUACUUGCUUGCAAGAAACUUUUGCUCCCAUGCAACGCCGUUUUUUGAAGGCGAGUGGCGUACCUUUUCUCUCUUAUUUUAACUUCGAAUGA